GCGGCGGGGGAGGCGGUGCCGGAGGUGGGCUCCGUCACGUCGGCUCGCUCGGCGCCGGCGGCGCGCAGCCGCCGCAGCCGCAGCCGCAGCCGCCGCAGCGGGCGCACCGCUCCGCCGCCGCGGCGGCGGGCGGAGAUGGAGGCGUGGAGCGAGGGCGUGGGGAUCACGCUCCCUUGGCUGGUCGGCAAGCUGCCCUGGGGCGCCCUCGGCCGCGCCGCGCGCGCAGACGAGCGUUUGGCCGCCGAGUCGCGGCUCUCCUCGACCGGGGCUCGCGACGCGGCGCUGCAGCUCGGGUCGGCGGCGUGUCUGCUUCUCGCCCUGCCGCUCGUCGCGGUCUUUUGCCUCUCGCUGGGUGUGCUGCUCCCUCUCGCGGUCCUGCUGCCCCGUCUCGAGCCCGCGCUCGACCUCUCGGCCGGCGAGCCUCUCCCGGUUCUCGCCACCGUCCUCUCCGCUUGGUACGUCCCCGUGCUCGUGGCCGGCGCGUUGCUCGUGCCGCGCGUGCGCUCCUUCCAGCGCGUGCGCGUGCGGUUGCGUGGCGCCGACUCGUUCCCGAAUGCUUUCUAUUGCGCCCCCGUCGCGGCGGCCAUCGCAGCGCGCUGCGAGGCCGCCGUCGCCGCGGUGCGCACCUAUUCUCGGCGGGCAGCCGCGGCGCCCGUCCUCCUCAAGUUUGGCGCCGAGUGCUCCAUCUGCAUGGGGCCCAUCGAGCCGGGGCGGAGGGUGCGCGCGCGCGAGUGAGAGAGACGCCCGCCAACCGCCAUCUCUUCCGCGAGGGAUCCCUCCUUGCUCUCGCCCCGCCCCCGACGCCGCACCCAUCCAGCCCGCGAGCCCCCAACCCCCGU